CCGUGCGUCACAGGCUGCAUAGCCACCUCAGUUACGGAGGCCUGCUCACUUUGUAUCCCGUACAGCAUCCAAAAGUGGCUGUGACGGAAGGGUUGCUGCCUCACUUUCCAGAUCUGCUUUGAUGUGCCUAACCACAUUUACCUAUAAAAUUGGUCCCCCAGCGCUUACGCCAUAUCUGCCUAAUAUCAGACUUAGCGACCUGCAGUAUGGAACGGCGCUUCACGCAAAUCUCCUUUGACCCCAAGGCCCUAGACCAGAACGACGUGACCAAGCUGGCCAAGCAGGCCAAGCUGAGGAAGACACCCUCAAUUCCCCCUCAAAGCCAAGAUAAUACGGGAAAGCUACGCAAUAGAGUACACUUCUCCCCAGCAUCUAGUCCCGCCGUCCCUACCCACCAUGCCGCUGCGGGCCCUCGGGAGUUCCUUGAGACCCAGCCAGGCUCGCCUUGGGAGCACUAUCGAGAGGCAUUCACUUGGCACGACCUGGGGGGCGAUGCUUUGCUAGCGGUCAAGAUGUCGCCUGAAAAGCGCGUAAAUAUAAGGGCGUUUCCGGAGGAUCAGGCGGAACAAGCAUUAUUCUGGUUUCGGCAGGUCCGUCACUGUAGCUUUGUGGCAGCUUUAGAAGCCUUCGCCACCGAAAAGCUUCUCUAUGUCGUACUGGAGGAAAUGGACAUAACCCUCUCGCACGUGAUAAGGUGCUCAAGAUACCCAGAUAAGCAAGAACUUGGCGCCAUCCUUGGCCAGAUAUUGGACGGCUUGGUGUAUCUUGAACAAGAAGGCUUCGAACAUACUUCACUCGGUUGGGACACUGUCCUGCUUAACCAAGCGGGUGAGGUUAAGAUCGGAAACCAAGAAUGCUGCCGAACAGCAACGACGGAUAGCAGAUCUCGAGGUGUAAGGAGGGUCGGAGGCAUUACGCGGGGGUUGAUGAACAAGGACGAAAAGCCGAUCGGUGUGCAAAGGCAACAGUGGCUUUCGUGCCCAGAAGCAAUAAAUUUCGUCGCAGCAACAAUCACUGCCAAAUCCGCCAAGGAACUUCUCGAACACCCGUUCCUUACUCUGUAUGGGCGCAAGGACGGCAAAUGGCACAAGGGUUCCCUGUUAGGUCUUGUGUCACUUGCUAUGACGGAGGCCGAUCGAAAGUAUCGUUAUAAGUUAGCUACCGAGUAGGCACUUGGCACGCGGAUAGAACCGGGCGUCUUUGAUGACAGUUCCAAUUUCGG